GCAGCCUAAGAAAUAUCGGAAACUGUGAAUCAGAUGUACAGAUGGCAAAAUAACGAAGCUAUACCUUUUGCCUCCGCCUCCCCUCGCUGGUGGGACGCAGGUUUACCCGAAUUGUUGGCACCGGCCGGCUAACGCAGGGGGAGGGAGGGAGAGAGAGAGAGAGAGAGAGAGGGCAUGGACUAUACUUUGGCAGCUUUGAAGCUCUUCUGUGGGCAGCUACAAUAUGCACGCCCCACUUCUUCCCCUUCUGCCAUGACCCUUGGUGGCAUUCUCUUCCAGCGCGCCUGGUUGCAGGGCGUAUUAGUUUCAGGACAGGACGAAGGCUGCUAUAUAUUGGACGACGGGACUGAUGUCAUAGAGCUUCAACUCUCCAAUGAAUUCCAACAGGAACAAUGGAAGAAGGGAAUGUAUGUUAUGGUGAUUGGCGUGUAUGUUGUACGUCCAGAAGAAUUGCCAAUGAUCAAGGUUCACAAAAUUGUUGAUUUAUCGCCUCAACCUGAUCGUGAGGCAAUGUGGGAUUUAGAAGUGAUUGAGGCGUAUAAGGUGUUCUACCAACCAUCAGUUGCUGAAUGAAGCAUUGCAAUCAUUAUUUGAUGAAUGGACCAUCAAUCCACUCUGUAGUUUUGUGAGGAAAAGUGAUCAUAGGGUCUUGUAGUUCGAGCUAUCUCAGUCAUCAGAUGUCAUUGUACACAUUUUUAUGCAGAAGACUAGGAGAUUGGAGUCCUUCUAUGAUUAUUUUGGUGCGGAAAGCCGGAAACAGUUGAAAGUUUUGUGUUCUGAACAUUAAAAUGAUACGUAAUUCCAAUACUGAACUUUCAUCCAA